AUGGACCCUUCGGCUAAUUCACUUAUUACCCAGAGGGUGCACUAUGACAGUGGAGGGCCAAUAUAUACACAACUGAGCCACACUCUCAGCAACCACAUGCAGUCCAUAGAGUGCCCCUCCCCGUGGGUCAGCCCCCCCUCCCCACCCCGUGGGUGGGGUUCCUCCCCCCUCAGCCCCACCACACCUCCCCCUCAGCCCCUCCCCCCUCAGCCCCUCCCCGUGGGUUGGGGUUCCUCCCCCCCCUCAGCCCCUCACCCCCCCCUCAGCCCCUCCCCCUCAGCCCCUCCCCGUGGGUUGGGGUUCCUCCCCCCUCAGCCCCCUCACCCCGUCCCCCCUCAGCCCCUCACCCCACCAACCAACCCCAAGCACUCACCCCGUAACCGGGGUUCCCCCCCCAACCCUCACCCCACCAACCAACCCCCCCACUCAGCCCCUCACCCCUCCCCCCAGCACUCACCCGUAACCGGGGUUCCUCCCCCAACCCCUCACCCCGUGGGCUGGGGUUCCCAGCCCCAACCCUCACCCCACCAGCCAACCCCAACACCCCCCCUCAGCCCCUCACCCCGUCCUCCCCCUCAGCCCCAACACUCCCCCUCAGCCCCACCAACCAACCCCCACUCACCUCAGCCCCUCACCCCCCCUCACCCCGUGGGUGGGGUUCCUCCCCCAGCCCCUCACCCCAACACUCCCCCCUCAGCCCCUCACCCCGUGGGUUGGGGUUCCAACCCUCAGCCUCACCCCGUGGGUUGGGGUUCCCCCCAGCUCACCUCACCCCGUGGGCUGAACCCCAACCUCAGCCCCUCACCCCGUCCCCCCCCAGCCCUCACCCCGUAA